AUGUCGACCAUCGCAAAGCCACAUGCGCCCGAGCCGCGAUCAUGGUGCUUGGAUGGACGAGAAGUUGACCUCCUCCAUUACAUCUAUGGCCGACCUGAUCUCAAGCAGAUGCGUGGCAACCCACGUAGGGUUCUUGCUGCGAUUGACGAUUACCACCACAACUGCAACAAGCUGAUCAAUGUCGGAGCUGUCAAGGGGAAAUCUAUUGUCCACCUCAUUGCCGAGCACAAGCCCUCAGUUAUGAUCGAACUUGGUGGCUACGUCGGCUACUCUGCCAUUCUCUUCGGAGAUGCAGUGCGAUCGAACGGUGGAAAGAAAUAUUUAUCAAUGGAGAAGAACCCUGAGAUGGCGGCUGUCGCAAACCAACUUGUUGACCUUGCCGGAUUGGGAGAUGUGGUGCGAGUCCUGGUUGGAUCUAGCGAUGAGCUACUGGCAGAGCUGAUCCGCGAUCGCAAGGAGAUUGAUCACAUUGAGAUGCUGUUUGUGGACCAUUGGCAGGAACUGUAUCUUCCCGAUUUGUGGCUUUUGGAAGAAAUGGAAGCCAUUUGUCCCAACAAGUCACUUUUAGUGGCAGACAAUGUAAUAAUGCCAGGCGCGCCGAAGUACAUGGAAUGGGUGAAAGCCACGCCAGAGCAGAAGCGAGUGAUCUUGAAGAAGUCGAGCGUGACAAGCUUGAAGCCGAACCCGAAUCUCAUCUAUGAGACUGAUGUUCUAGAAUUUGAAACUGACUUUGGAAAGGAUGGCCUCGCCGUCACAAAGGUUUUAGGAGAUGAGAAGGCUUAG